AUGUGCAAGAUGGAGAUCACGAAUCAGCAAAGAACACUUGAGGCGGAUACAUCGAAUGCUUCAGUUAACCAGUCUCCGGAAUCAAAGACUUUCCCUGUAUCCUCUCCUGAUAACCGAGAUAUUGACCGUGAGUUUCCUAGUCUAGUUCCAAGAUCUGAGAAUAAGCACAUUGCGGUUGACAGCUCAGGAUUAACACCAGCAUCACCUGAAAAUAUUACUACGAAUUUACCUGGUUCAGAUACAUGCAAGAUGGAGGAGGUCGUGAGUCAGCAACAAGUAAUUGGGGCUGUUGUAUUGAAUUCUUCAAAUAGUCAUUCUCCUCACUCUAAGGUUUCCCCUGUAUCUUCUCCUAAUAACGAAGAUAAGAAACAUGAAUACCCCAGUUCAACCCCAAGGUCUGAGAAUAAGAUUCCUGCUGUGGACAGUUUACUUUCAACAUCAGCUGCUCCUGAAAAUCUAACGACAACUUCUGCCCAUGAUUCUGAUACAUGCAAAAUGGAGGAGUUAGUGAAUCAGCCAAAAACACUUGAAGCAGAUGCAUCAAAUGCUCCACUUUGUCAACCUCCUCAUUCUCACAUUUUCCCGGUACCUUCUGACUAUCAAGAUAUAGAGCGUGAAUGUCCAGGUCCAAUUCCAAAUUGUGACAGUAAGGAACCUCUUGUGAACAACUCAGCGACAACUUCUGUGUCAGCCUCUGAUACAAGCAAAAUGGAGGAGUUUGUGAAUCAGCAAAAAACACUUGAAGCAGAUGCAUCAAAUGCUCCACUUAAUCAGUCUCAUUCUCACAUUUUCCCAGUACCUUCUGACAAUCAAGAUAUUGAGCGUGAAUGUCCAGGUCCAACUCCAAGAUCUGACACUAAGGAACUUCUUGUGAACAACUCAGUGUUAACAUCAUCAGCACCUGAAAUUCUAACGACAACCUCUGCAGCCUCUGAUACAUGCAAAAUGGAGGAGUCAGUGAAUCAGGAAAAAACGCUUGAAGCAGAUGCAUCAAAUGCUCCACUUAAUCAUCAUCCUCAUUCUCACAGUGUUCCUGUAUCUUCUGAUAAUCAAGACAUUCAGCCUGAAUGUCCUAGCCCAACUCCAAAAUCUGACAGUAAGGAACCUCUUGUGGACAACUCAGUAUUAACAUCAGCGGCGCCUGAAAUGCUAGUGACAACUUCUGCCUCUGAUACAUGCAAAAUGGAGGAGUUUGUGAAUCAGCAAAAAGCGCUUGAAGCGGAUGCAACAAAUGCUUCACUUAACCAGCUUCCUCACAUUUUCACUGUAUCUUCCGAUAAUCAAGAUAUUGAGCGUGAAUGUCCUAGCCCAACUCCAAGGUCUGACUGUAAGGAACCUCUUAUGGACAACUCAGUAUUUACAUCAGUGGCGCCUGGAAUUCUAUCUACAUCUUCUGCUUCUGCUUCUGGUACAUGUAAAAUAGAGGAGUUUGUGAAUCAGCAAAGACCAAUUGAAGUGGAUGCAUCAAAUGCUUCACUUAAUCAAUCUCCUCACUCUAGCGUUUUCGCUUCAUCUUCUGGUGAUAACCAAGAUAAUGCGUGUGAACGUCCUAGUCCAAGUCCAAGACCCGAGGGUGAGAAGCCUCUCAUGGAUAACUCAGGGUUAACAUCAACAGUGCCUCAAAAUCUAACUUCUACUUCUGCAUCUGCUUCCGAGAUAUGCAAGAUGGAGGAGAUCUUGAAUGAGAAAAGAAUACUUGAAGCAAACCCAUCAAAUGGUUCGAUUACUCAAUCUCCUCAAUCCAAGGUUUUCCUUGUACCAUCUCCUGAUAUCCUAGAGCGUGGAUUUUCUAGUGAAAUGCCUAGGCCUGAGUUUAAGGAACCUGUUGUGGACAGCUCUGGGUUAACAUCAGCAGCACCUGAAACUUUAAUGACUAAGCAACAUGUCCACUCAUCAGAUGCCUUUGUACCACCAAAGUCUGGUGUUCCAACUGGGGAAUUAGGUGACGCGAAAUCAGAUUUUAAAGGUGAAGAAAUUAUUCAAAAAGAACAAUAUUGUGAGAGUGAAUCUAUUGUUGCUACAAGAGAGAAUUUGUUAAUUGAUCCUUCCUUUGGUGCUGAGUCGAUAGAUGUGUCAGUUGUAUUGGAAUCCUUAAUGGAAGAAAGGGGUGGAACUUCGUACAUGCCAGGAUCAGUAGAGGACUUCCUAGCCGCUUCAGCCGAGGAAGAACCACACUACUCUAGCCCUAUCGCAUUAUCUCCUUGGGGUGAACCUAGUUACUACCAAGGUGAUGCUGUUAAUUCUGCACUAUGGGGUAUUCAAGAUUCGAUCAAUGAUAUGUGGCCAUUGCUUUCACCAAGACCUAUGCUCCAACCUUCAUCUGGUAUUGGAACUGAGGGGAAGGAAACAUAUGAUAUCAACGAGGUGGCUGUGACCCAUGUUAAUAGUGUUUUUUUUCAAAGAGGAUCAAUGAUUGAGGAGGAAAAUGUGAACCAGGCUAACUUGAGUGCUGUUGCAGAUUGGAUGCUGUCUGAUCAGAUCCCAUCAAUACCAAAUGGUAUGUCAACAUCAUCAGUAGAUGAGAGCACCAGAGUUUUAGGUUCUCAAGCAUCAACCAAUCAGAGCUUAGACUGGGGUACUACAUGGACUACUAGUCAGAAUCUCAGCAUGUAUAGCAAUGAAAAAACAGAGCCCUCGAGUAAAAGCUAUUUGGAAGAAUCAAGGAAGCAGGAAACCACCAAUUCCAGUGUUUCUAUUUCUGGAGAGGCCAUUGGAAACAACAAGGGCUUGAACCCUCCUGAUAAUGCUAAUCGGGGCAGCCAACUGAGUCAUCAUCACCGUGGCAGGUACUCCCAAAUCAGUGAAUCUUGGCUACUUAGUUCAAAUCACUCUAGGAGUAGGUCUGAUAGAUUUGGCAGCUGUGGGUCAUCAAGAUCAAGUUCAAAGGGACAAACUAGGGGCUAA